UUUAUUUAAUAAUUCAAGUUUUUUGUUUAUUAAGUGAGAUUCAAAUAUAUCUACAUAAUGUAAUCGCCAUGUUUUGAUUAUUGGCCAACUUAUCUACAACUUGUUUUGUGUUUUAAUAAAUAUAUAACGCUCUGGAACCGUUACCAAAAGAUUUUUAAUUUUAUGCCUCCUCACCUUUCAUCAUUUUAUGCAAACAAUUAUUUAAAGGUUUAAAAUUUGACUCGGGGAUGUGUCUAUAUUUUUAUUUGAUUUUAUUUCUGAUACUUUUGAAUGGCCUUGAAUGUCAGGAUACUUCAAAUUACCAAACUGGACAAGUUUUAAAUCAGAAAAUGGAAGAAAAUGGAGUUGUUGGAGAACCAACAGUUCAGUGUGGAAUUGAUUCUCUCUCUUUAGAGAUAAAAACAAAUAACCCAUUUUCUGGACGUCUCUUCAUCAGCGGGUUUAGUCAAGAAAAACAUUGCCAAUUGUUGGGGAAUGGCUCACUUCAGCGUCUCCAAUUUACUGUUCAGUUUGGACAAUGCGGUUUACGCCGAAGUCGCGAACUUAAUGGAAUUAGUGUGCAAACAAUUGUAAUUGUUUCUUUUCAUCCAAUUUUUGUUACCAAACUUGACCGUGCUUAUCGCCUCAAUUGUUUUUACACUGAAACGCGCAAAACAUUUACUCAAAAUUUGGAGGUUGGUCAACUAACUACUUCAGGGAACAUUUUUCGAAAGAGUGAGGCUAUGCCACAGUGCAGAUAUGAUAUUCUGUGGCAGAAUGCUAGAGGACAAUCUAUUCGUUUUGCGCGUAUUGGUGAUGUUGUUUUUCAUCGUUGGAGCUGUCAAACACCAGAAAUUGGCACUUAUUGCAUGCGCGUCCAUAGCUGCGCCGUUUCUGAUGGGCAAGGGGGAGAGCCUGUUGAAGUGAUUGACAAAAAAGGAUGUGGAGUGGAUGCACUUUUGUUACGUGAUUUAGAAUACACUGAUGAUUUGACUGCUGGCCAAUCCGCCUUUGUUUUUAAAUUUGCUGACAAACCAUCAUUACAUUUUAAUUGCCAAAUUGAGUUGACAUUGAGGGAGGAAUGGUCCAACAAUGGAUGUGAACCUAAUAGACCAAAAUGUUCUCCAGCAUCAACAUAUCAAUAUACUCAACAAUUUCAACAAUUGGAAACAACAACAAAAAUUUUGUCAAAAUAUGGUCUUCAAUAUGAUUCUGGCAAUAGUGAAUUACAAGAAGUAAAUGAAGAAAAUUCAAAAAUUAAUUUGCCUUCAAAAACAACAGAAACAACAAAAGCUCCUCCAAUUCCAACAACAAAAACAACAACACAAAUUAUUAGAGAAAAAGAACUACCUCCAGCACAUUAUCGUAUCAACGAGGAUUGGAGGAGAAGAACAGCUACAACUGCAACAAUUGUGGACAACAAUAAAAUAUCUGAAGAAAGGAUGAAAUUUCCUCAAACUGAAGUUGUACCUAGUAAUCAUGCAACCGAAGUUUCAUCAACAACAGAAGAGAGUAUAUUAGAACCGAGUGAAACUUUAUCUUUAGUUGAUGUGAUGCAACAAGAUGCUAUUUACCAAGACGAAGUUAACUCACCAAUACGAAGAGACACACCUACAACUAACAAUCAAGAAAUUGACCGUCGUCUUCCAAGAAAAGUAGCUGAUUUUGAUUUGCCUGAACAAUCUUUGCUUGUUAUUGAACUUGAUGAGCAUUCUUUAGCAAAUCAACCAAUGAUUCUUCGUUUAUUAAAUAAUUCAUUGCCUACAUCAUCAAAACAUUGUCGAUCUUCAACUAAUUCUUCUUUAUUAGCUUCUAAUAUCCCUUUUGGUUCAAUUUUAUUAUUUUUGUUUUGCCUUUUAAUUUUACUUUUGGCAUUAAUUUGGAAUUAUUUAACAAAACAAUUAAAAAAUAAAAAUGAAGAGAAUAAUAAUUGUAUUUUAAUUGGACAUUGUAAAAGAAGGCACAAAUUUGAAAAUAUUUUGUUAUGGAAAAGAAAACAAAAAACAUUUCCUCUUCCCCAAUUUGAACAACAACAAAAACAACAACAACAUUUAAAAUUUAAAGAAGCUUCAAUUUUGGAUAUGGAUAAAGACAGGCAAUUUAAUAAUAAUUUAACAACAAUUAACAAUAAUAGAGGAUUGAGAUUUUAA